CUUGUUCACCUUGUUUACAGUACAGAAAUUCAGGAAAAGCCCUCCACAAUUUACCAUUUUUCUCUUUGAAUAGACACUGUCGAAUGUAAAACUCGGUGACCGUGGAGCCAUUUCUGUGAGAACGUGGUUCAGUCCAAGAUGAAAUGGACUUGAUGAUUGCAGAUAAGACAAAAUAAAGAUGUUUUUCCGAACCUGAAUGCUUCACGUAGUGUUUGACACUGAUGUGGUUUGGCAUUAAUACGAUUAUUUUCAGAUGGGCAGACGGCCAUAUAACAGCAAUGACCGGAUAUGUAGCUGUCAUUUUGUUGAUGGGAAGAAGGAAAAUGGUCCGGCCAUCUUCAGCUUCAGUAAAGAAGAUAUUAAAACCUAAGGAGGAAGAGGCUCUGGAACCAGAGAUUGAUGUGCCUGAUAUAGCCUCUGGCAGCAACCAUGACAAUAGCUAUGUACAACAGCGAUUGUCAGAAAUGGAUAAUAUGGAAAGCUCUACAGCGUGUUCAAAAUCUGGAAUGUUUUUUAGUAUUCAUAUGAAUAUUACAGACUCAAAAAAGAAUGCGCUUAAUCAAGGAAUCAAACUCAAUACCCCCAGUGAGUUGCAAUACAGAUGCUCUUACGUAAUGAGCUAACCGACCUCAAAAAGUUUCAUACUCUUUGACCAGCACUAUGUCCUGAACAAU